GCUUUGCCAAAUAAAACUCGGUCGUUUGAUUUCUCCCACAUAACUCGUUCUACCUCUAGUAGGGUUUUGUACUCUCGCCUUUCUUCCUUCCUUCCUUCCGCCAUGGAGGUACAACCCCCGCCCCCUGCUCCGCCGUGUUGGAGCAGCUUACUGAAACAGCAAAGGGAACACAAGCCGCCCCACCAGGACCUCCCUGCCGCCGUCGCAAACAACGCCCAAUAUGUUGGGGUACUGGUCGGGAGCUGCAACUCGUCAAAGGGCAUUGCGGUGGCGGUGGUCGACGCCAACGCCAUAAUCCAGGGCGGGGAAAGGCUCGCCCAUUCCGCUGACCGCUUCGUCUCUAUCGCGGAGGUCAUCAGCGAAAUUCGUGAUCCUGCUUCCCGACACUCCCUCAACUUCCUGCCCUUCACUGUUGAUACUCUGGAGCCCUCUCCUGAUGCCCUCAACAAAGUGAUCAGCUUUGCAAAAGCUACUGGUGACUUGCAAACACUUUCAGAUGUGGAUCUCAAGCUUAUUGCUUUGACUUAUACAUUGGAGGCUCAGAUCCAUGGGACUCAGCAUAUCAGAGAGAGCCCACCUCCUAUUCACACAGUUAAUGUUAAAAGGCUUCCUGAAAAGGACUUGCCUGGUUGGGGUUCUAAUGUCCCUAAUCUUGAGGAGUGGGAAGCACUGGAUCAAGCAGUUGACAGUAGACCAAAUCCUAAAUCGAGAAUUUUACCCAUCAAAGAUUUGAGCUUCGGUAUUAAUUCAACAGAUGAGCAAAGUGUAGAUAAUGGUUCAAGUCGAGAUGGCACGCAAAUUCAGAAUCAGGAGGAUGGUGAUUUUGCUUUUAGGAAGCCCAGGAAAUACUUGCCAAAGAAGACAGAAGUAAAAAUUGAGGGAAAAAAGAUGGUGGCUGAUGGUAUUGAUGCAUCGCAAGGCGCAUUUGAUGAUAAUGCUGGUGAUUGGCGACCUGCGGUGAGUCGAAGUACUCAUAGAAGAUAUCUCAGGAGGAAAGCUAGACGUGAAAUGAAUGAGGCAUCAUCUGAAUUAGGUGAUCAAGAGGGCACAAUUGCUAAUGUGGAAAAUGAAAACCUGGAUGAUGAUCAAUGUCCGGAGCUGGUGUUAGAUGAAAACUUUGAAGACGGGACAAAUGGUAAACUUGAGGGUGGUGAGAUCAGUAACGAGAAGAAUAGGAAUGAAGAUAUCUCUGCAGUUCUGGAUAAGAUGAAACUGGAAGGAGGACCUAUGAUGCCUUCUCAGGAUAUUGAUGAGCUAAAUGUUCCUAUCGAGGAAAACGAAUCCAAUGGUGUCAAGGUGACAGAUUCUGCUUAUGAUGCUCCAAAUAAAGUUGAAUUCACUGAUCAUGAACUGGGGAACACGGAAAUCAUGGGCCAAACUGAUGAAGAUAUAGAUGCAUCACAUAUGGAUGAAAUGAGUAGUGAACAGAGCUGGACACUUAGAUCCUUGUCUGAAUCUAGUGUGGCUUGUGUGACUAGUGACUUUGCCAUGCAAAAUGUGCUUCUUCAGAUGGGUUUACGACUUCUGGCUCCUGGAGGAAUGCAGAUUCGUGAGCUUCACAGGUGGGUGCUGAAAUGCCAUGCUUGCUCUAAGGUGACUACAGAGACCAGCAGAAUUUUCUGUCCCAAAUGUGGGAAUGGGGGCACACUACGUAAGGUUGCUGUUACAGUUAAUGAAAAUGGUGUUGUGUUGGCUGGGCGUCGACCUCGCAUAUCCGUGCGUGGAACAAAGUUCUCACUGCCUUUACCUCAAGGGGGUAGGGAUGCAGUUACCAAGAACCCUAUUUUACGUGAAGAUCAGCUUCCCCAGAAGUAUCUGUACCCGAAAAUAAAGAAAAAAAAUAAGCAGGAAGAUGACUUCUUUGUUCCAGAUAACAUUUUCCGCCAUCACACCGAUAAGAAAGCUCCUCACCAGCCUCCAGUCAGGAAAGCACUGGCUGUUUUCAGUGGAAAACGGAAUCCUAACGACAAUCAUUUUGCGCGUACUAAACAUUAAACAAUGCCAUUCUACUAAAUUAGUUUAUUCACCUUCUGCUAAGUUUCUGUCCAGGAAUUCGUAUUGCUUAAUUCUUAUAGCAUAGAGUGCUAAAUCCUGAGUGAUCCCUUUUUUUCUCAAGUGUAGCUCGGCAGAGGCUUUUUACCUUAUUUGUUUUCCAUUAUAGCAGAGGGUUUGUGUAUUACGAACACUUUAAAUCAAUGUGAUUUGGAAAUUUUGCUUAUAAA